ACCAGAAUUGCCUCAUCCCCGCCUACACCCAAUCCAGCCCCAGCCCCCGUAGAAGUACAGAACUACCCCAGAGCCCUGCCCUGCCCCAACACCAACCCCAUAGAAUUUCCAAACUGUCCCAGCCUCGCCCUACCGCAACACCAGCCUUGUAGAAGUGCAGAACUACCCCAACACCGCCCUUAGCCUCCUACCCCAGUCACCAGCCACCCCCUACCCCAACAGACACGUCCUUGCCCCAAUCCCUUCCCUAGCCUCACCCAACCGUAGUUUCACUCGCUCAUCCUCUUCAAAUCUCUUCGUCUCCAUAGGCCAUAGCCGUUGGGUUCAUCGCGGAUAAGGUCAAUCACAGUCGCACACAAUAGAAAGAGAAGAAGAUGAGAAGGGGCCAGAUUCAAGAUGGGGAGGGACGUGCAGCACUGUGGCAGCAAGGUUGCGGCUGGUGCAUGGCAAUUGGGAGGUGAUGGCCGGAUGUGCGUGGCGACGGCGGGAUGUGCGCGGCUGCGGGUGGGCGGCGGCGGCAGAUCUGGUGUUAUUCUUCUGCAUGGCUUGCCGCUUUGAGAUAUUCCAGUUAUGCCUAUUUGCUUGUGUAUUAGGUUUGAUCGAGAGGUCAAUGAUUAUUAUUUGGAUUAGGCAGAAGAAAAAAGAUGAAGAGUCGAAACGAGAAGGUCAGCGGGACAGAAGAGGCAAUGGGCCUGGUCACUUUUAUGGCAUUUCAAAAAAUGGUCAUAUUUUUGUUCAAGUGAAGUUGAGGAGUUAUACUGGUGCCAUUUUUUCUUCAUUUAACUAUCUUCUCGAUUGAACUUUGAGUUGAAAUUUACUAUGAAUAAACUAGACUUGAUGAGAAACAUAUUCAAAAAAAUUAUCAAAAUAUUCCAUUAAAAAG